UCAGGGGACUAGAACCACGCAAAUUUGGCCACUUGAUGAAUGAUUUUACCAAAGAGUUUAGUCAAAAGAGAGAUUCAUCUUCUCUUCAACCAGUAAUCAUCAGAACUGGUUCUUCUGAAUCACUGCAUAUAUAUCUUGCUAGUUAAACUAAUCAAUGUCUCAUUUAAUCACUUGCCUCAUCUCUGCUACUGCUACUACUACAAAUGUCACAACCCUCAAAAGUUCUAUUCCAUUACUCUCUAUAAAGAACCUUACAAGAAGAAGAAGUAGUAGAAGAAAACCCAUUGUCCUCAGUAGCUCAUCAGCAUCAUAUCCUUCUGACGCUUCUGCUUCAGUUGUUCCCGACGAAAGAAACUCCAAUUCUUAUCCCAACAAGAAAAAUUCUUCCUUUGUGGAACCCAUUACAACUAGUAAAGUCCCAUCGGCAGCUAAUAAUUCCAGCUUCAAUCAUGCCUUGCCGGCGAAACCCACUGGUGGUCCCCUGUUCCUAUUCCUUCAAUCUACCGAAGGGAACAUUGAGAAAGCAAUUUUUGACUUUCGGUUCUUGGCACUCUUUGCUAUUGCAGGUUCAUUAGCCGGUUCAUUGUUGUGCUUUUUAAACGGAUGUGUUUACAUUUUUGACGCAUACAAGGUUUACUGGACAAGCUGUGUCAGAGGGAAUCACUCUGGACAGAUGGUUCUACGAUUAGUUGAAGCUAUUGAUGUUUAUCUUGCGGGUACUGUGAUGUUGAUAUUCGCCAUGGGCUUGUACGGACUGUUUAUAAGUAAUUCUCCUCAUGAUGCACCUCCAAGCAAAGACCGUGCUCUAAAAGGAUCUUCUUUGUUUGGCAUGUUUGCUCUAACAGAGAGACCUACAUGGAUGAAAAUAAGCUCACUUGACGAGUUAAAGACGAAAGUGGGACAUGUUAUUGUCAUGAUUCUAUUGGUAAAGAUGUUUGAGAGGAGCAAGACAGUGAUAAUAACUACAGGCGUGGAUCUGCUAAGCUAUUCUGUAUGUAUUUUUUUCUCCUCGGCUUCCUUGUAUAUUCUCCAUAAUUUGCAUAAAUCAGAUUAGUAAUCUUACAAUAGCUGUUCCACUAUGCUAUAGAUGAACUUGAGAAAUUACAGUGUAUAAAUUUGUAAAAGGUGAUAAAGAAGAAGAAAUGGAAUACUUUGCAAUGUCUA